GGCUGUCACCAACCCUCUCCAAGCAUUCUUCAAUGCCCUGGUCUAUCAAAGAUGGGGCAGAAGGGAAAGAUUCUGUGUCUGGUGCAUAAGAUUAUUGCCAUGUGCUACCGUGGACCAAUCAAAAGAGAAUUUCAGUGAACUAAACGAAGUUUCACCAUUAGUCACUCCACAAUACGGUUGUUGUACACCUCACACCAGCAUCAAUGGCUCAUCUUCAUUAUGAGAACUGUUAUCAAGACUGUGAUACUUAGGAGUUAUGUAUUCAAUAAUGAUGUAUUAAUGAUGCUCUCAGAUAAAUCAAUAAAUCAUUUUUCAUUAUUGUAAUAGUUGAAUGUUACUAUUCGAUUUAUUACUGCGCUUCAUCAAUCAUUUUAUUUUUAAACUAUAAAUUCGGCAAUAGAAAUUGAAAUUCAAAGAAAAAACUAGCUUGUUCAGUCAUGAUGUGAAACGUCAUGGUAUGAUGUGAAACGUCAAGAAAUGUUAGGAGAUCUCUUUUUGUUGAUGAGGUGGAAAUUAUGAAAACGUCUCUGAAUUUGUUUUGUAAUUUUCGCAAUGAAGAAAAUUUUAUCACGAUAGGGUAAAGGAAGCGUGUACAAGUCAAGCUCAUAUGUACCAAUAAUACAUAAAUAAAGGAAAGGAAUAAUUGCUGAAUAGGCCUUUUGCAAUAUAAUUCAAUACGUUUCACUGUGUACUAUUGCAGUUUAUGA